ACGACGAUUCAUGUUAGCCGACCCCAAAACAUUUUGGGAUUAAGGCUUUGUUAAUGUUGGUUAAUGUUUCUAUUACUUUUUCAUAUUUGACAAAUUAAGGAUCUUCAAAUCGUGUGCUAUGUUUGUCCCCUUGUCUUCAUUCAUCUUAAGAGUCUCAUGCACCAAUAGCUACCAAUGGAGUCGUUAUGUGAAAAUUCAAUGAUAAAUCAGAAACAUGUGGGUAUGUUUAUGUUAGUACCUAGAGAUUAUUAAGACUUUUAUUUAGUGAUUUUUUUUUAAAAUAUAUUCAUCGGAAGGUAUUCCUAAUUAUGUCAAAUGUCUAUCGUCGCUUAUUUAGGUUUCUGCUUGUGGGAUCCAUCCACCUAGCAAAUUUUCUAUUAAGAAUGCCUAAUUAAUGACCAGUUGCUCUUAAUGCACUUCUCUUGUCCGUAAGGGACAAGCUCCCUUGUUUUUCCUUAGUGCUAACAUAUACUUCCUUUGUUUUUUUACUUGCACCAUUUUCCUUUUUUGGAAGUUGCAUAUUACUUGCACCAUUUCCAUUUAUGGUAUGCAUUCACAUGUUUUUCACACCAAAUACCCAUUUUACCCUUAUACAUAUUUUAUAUUUACCAUCAAUAUCUAACAUUUUCUACCUAAUUUGUUUGUUAUCACAUGGACAUUCUUGAUAUUUACUUCCUUAAUGUUUGUGCACAACCCAAAUGGUGCAAGUAAACAAAAAACGGAGGAAGUAUGCCACUUGCCAGGAGUUGUUAUGCUUCCAUAGAAGCUUUAGUUAAGAUACAAAAGAUGGCUUUGGUGGACAAGAUUCGCAACAGUUGUUACAGUGGUGCAAUUUUUACUAGCAAUGUACCUGCUGUUUGUGGUGGGUAAUAAUACUUCAAAUGAUUGUGCUUUAGUGUCACUUUCAAGUGAUGGAUGGUGGGAGAAGCAUCUCCUGGUUGUUUUUUUGAUAAUGAUAGGCUUUGUAGCAAUGCUACAAUGCUUUGCCAGCUCUGAUGUCCUAAGAUGGAGAUCCUUUUAUGACAUGCAAGAUACUGCUUGGAAAGCUCAUUAUCAGGAGGUAUUUGACCAUGGUAUUCGUGAGGCUUUAUGCUGUCUGGGUCGUGUUAAAUACUUGAAAAACAUGGAGGAGGAUGAAGUAAACUCAGUGGCACAGAUGUUAGGUGAUCUUGUUACCUAUCGUGCCUCAGGCACGGGGCAUUUGGAAUUCUUGGCAGGUCUGGCUCUGUUGCAGAUGCAUAACCAGUAUCCCCAAUUAGAUACAAAUUCUGUUGAUGCUCCUGAUGAUAAGAUUCAGGAGGCAACUGCUUUUUACCCAUUUGCUGAAGCUGCAUACACGGGUCCGUUGCUUGAUCUUGGACGAAAUCCCAUCUUAUUUCCCUGUGCAUGGCUAUAUAGGCAAGGAGUUUUUACAGCAUGGAGCCGCAACAGGCGGCCUGUGCUACAAGGUGAUAAUUGGUGGAGAGGCCAUGCAGCAGCCUUUCUUAAUUAUGUUAGUUUACCUCAAGAGUCUCUUCGACGUGGCCGAGUGAACCAGGGAAAGUGCCAGGCUGCAUACUUCAUUGUGGUACUUCACGAUAUAAAGUCUGUAGUGAUUGCAGUACGAGGUACAGAGACGCCUGAAGAUCUUAUUACUGAUGGACUAUGCAGGGAGACUUCUCUCACAUCAGAAGACUUAGAUGGAUUGAUAAAUGGCACGUAUGUUGAUCCCACCAUGAGGCAAACUGUUCUUUCAUCAUUCCCACAUUAUGGACACUCGGGAAUAGUUGAGGCUGCUAGGGAACUUUAUCACAAUAUUGAAGGGGCCUACUCAGGAACAAGUGGAGUCACCGCAUUUGGAUCUGGUGGUUUUCUUUCAUCACUUCUGGGGAAAGGAUGUGAGUGUGAUGGUUAUGCAGUUCGGAUUGUGGGGCAUUCUCUUGGAGGUUCUAUUGCAGCAUUGCUUGGUAUUAGGCUGUAUGGACAAUUCCGAGACUUGCAUGUGUAUGCAUAUGGACCGCUUCCUUGCCUGGAUUCAGUUAUCGCAGAUGCGUGCUCAGGCUUCAUUACAAGUGUUGUACACGACAGUGAAUUUUCAUCAUUUCUUUCUGUCAACUCAAUCUUAAGGCUGCGAGCUGCUGCAUUAACUACAUUGUCACAAGGCAGCACAACUGAUACAGCCUUGAUCUCCAAAUUGGCACAGUUGUUUCUUUAUGUGAGCAAGUAUCAGAAUGGUAAGGCAUUGAAGCCUCUUCCAGCUGCAGUUAUUGCUGGUGAUGCACCUCAAAGCUGUACGACUGACAAAGUUUAUGGUACUCAGUCAAAAAUCCUUUCCGAAGGAAACACGGACUUUGGCAACUAUGCAUUCCUGCAUAAUGAAUUUCGUAGUGAAGAAAAUGACAAUAGCUUGGCCAUCGAUCUGCUGGAAGAUUUUACUGAUUCUAUUAUCCCAGAUGAAAAUCCUGUUGAUGAUCCAGUAUCUCGGUUUAUGGAAGCAGUGCCAUCAUCUGUAAGAAGAUCACCUGGUGAUCCACCGGAACUUUAUCUUCCAGGCCUUGUUAUACACUUAAUCAAAAGACAAAGGACCACUACUUUCCCUCUUUUCAAAGGUUGGGGAGCUCAAGGAACGGAACCACCAUAUAGAGCAGUCAUAGCUGACCGCCAAAAUUUUAAGGAGAUACUCAUUUCACCCAAUAUGUUCCUCGAUCAUCUUCCUUGGCGAUGCCAUUAUGCUUUGCAGAGAGUGCUGGAAUCCCGGAAAGUGGAAAUAAACCAUGAUGGCUUGCAAAUGGUUUGAGCUCAGUAUUUUCAUCAGGGAUAAGGAGCUCAGUAUAUUCAUCAUCAUGGAAAUAAACCUGAAACGUGAACAACGAUAUUGUUUUCUUUACAAAACUACAGUUUCAGUUAUUCUUUGCAACAUUAUGUUGUGGCAAGGUGAUUACCUGUUGUUAUUCUGACUUAAAGGUACGGAGCUGAACACAGAUUUUCUGUUUCCUCCGGUGGCUCAAUACUGUAGUUUAUGUAUGACCUUCUAACAUAAUGUUUGGUCUCUUGUGUAAAUAAAAUAAUCCAUUCCUUUUGACAUUUGAA